AUGGCGCGCUUCCCCCUGCUCAACUUCCUGCCCGCUGUCUUCUCUCUCUUCUCCUUCGCCUUGAUCCUCGUCGUGCUUCUUGCCGGAGUGAACAACACAUUAUCGAAUGUCUUCUUCCUCAAGACCGACACAACCAAUCUCAAAGUGCCCCCAAAGCUCGGGAACUCGACCUUCCUCGCCGGCCUCUCGGCGGUCUCGGGCACCGACUUCGUAGGCCAAGACGCCACCGCAGCCUCCCUCGGGCUCGCCAACACGUACACGAUCGGCGUGCUGGCCGUGUGCGGGCACUUCGCAGACGGCUCCGUGUCGUGCUCGCGGCCGCAGUUCAACUUCUGGUUCAACCCGGCGACAGACCUGCGGCUCGACAGCACGUCGCUGCAGGGGAACUACCCGCCGGGCUACCUGAGCGCCAUCUCGGACUACUCGCGGCUUAACCGGUUCCUGCCGGGCGCCUACGUGACAUCUGCGCUCUUCGUGUGGGCCGCAUCGCUCGCGGCCUGCUGCUCGGCGGCCCUGGCCGCCGUCGUCAGCGUCAUCGCCACGGUGGUGCUGCUCGCCGCCAGCAUCGGCGGCAUCGUCAUCUUCAAGCACCUCAACGACGCCAUCAACGGCAACUUCGCCGCCUCGGGCCUCAGCAGCUCCCUUGGCAGCAUCCCCACCGCCCUCAGCUUCGUCGCCUUCGCCUUCGCCCUGCUGAGCUCCAUCGUCUACGUCAUCCGCGCCCGCGACGAGAGCUCCGGCCGCGGCAGGCGGCGCGGCGGCGGCGGCGUCGAGGCUCGCAGCGUCGGCGGCCCCGAAAGCGGCUACGGCCCCGCUGGCCCCGCGACCGCCAUCCCCGGCGAGAAGCCCUCCGGCGCUCGCGGCCUGUUGAGCCGCCUGCCGCUCGUCGGCGGCAUGGGGCAGCAGCGCUACACGCAGAUCGAGAAGCAGCAGGACGCCGCCUCUCAAAAGGAGCCCAUGCUCGCCGCCGCCGGCGGGUCUCCUGAUGGCAUCCGCCCCAAGCGCCUCGAGGAGGACUGGGCGGCGCCCGAUGACUUCUCUGCCAAUAACAAUAGCAACAACGGCAGCGGCCAGCCCGGUGCCCGCUCCGCGGCCCCGCCCGGUAUCCCUUUUCUCAGCCUCGGCGGCAACAAGCCCGUCAAGGACCUGAACACGGCGUACGAGCCGUACAGCAGCACCACGACGGGUACGGCGCAAUAG